CCGCGAGCUAUCGGUGCGGCGCAAAUCCCGCGGUGGCGUCGGUGGCUCCCAAGUACGCGAACCGGUUCUUCCGGUUUAUCAGCACCCUUUAUAGCGCGGCGACGAGGGACGUCGCAACCGACCUUUUCACGAAAGGUCGCAACUGGGUCGAGGACCCGCGCCUUGACCCCGUUCUCGCGCUGCGCUCCCAAGGCAACUGCAGUACUUGACUGCAGCAGGAGAGGCACCAGCAGCAGCUGUGCUGCGGGCGGGUGGCCGACGACAGCGCUGGACUACAUGGUGGACGCCACGAUGCGGUCUGGGGGCAUCACCACUGAGGCUGGAUAUGCGUACACGCAGAAGGACGGCAAAUGCAAGCGCGCCAAGGCGAAGCGGAAGGCGACGGCCAUGGGCAUCACGGGGUACGACCAGGUGGACUUCUACGGCUGGCUGGGUCUGCUGCUCGCUGUCAACGCUCAACCCACCAUUGCAUUCGUGCGAGGCUCCUACCCCUCCUUCCAAACCUACACAGAUGGCAUAUACAGCGACCCAGGGUGUGCAGCAGCGGGAGUGGUGGAUCACAGCGUGGUGGUGAUGGGCUACAGCAUCUCCUCGCAGGGUGCCUACUGGAUCAUCCGCAACUCCUGGGGUGCCAACUGGGGCAUGCAGGGCUUCAUGCAAAUGGCCUUUGGCGGAGGCAUUGGCAUCUGUGGCAUUCACUCCGUGCCGGCCAUCUACCCCGUUAUUAAGAAACCCUCGCCGUGCCUGUCGCAGUUGAGUCCAUGUGGGGGGGCUGCAUGCAAGGUCGGAGGAUGGUGGUCCGGCUACACAUGCGCGUGUCUGUAUCCUUUAAUUUCCGCUUUUGACAAAGGCAACGUUGAGACGUGUGUGUUUGAGGACGCAUGCAGCCAGCAGGACAGCAAUCCGUGUGCGGUCGGCACGUGCAUUAACAACUUUGAGGGCGGUUACUUUUGUGUCUGUCCGUGGGGAUUCAAGCAAGGGCUUCGUCCCACCGGUGCUGCCACAUGCGUCCCGACCACCACCCGCACCUACAAGCUCUCCUUCCCGAUUGUCGUCUACUGCUCGCCCGUCUACCAGCUCUACGGCCUCACAGAGAAAGAAUUUCUUGCCCAGAACCUGCAACUGGGCACGGGGGAGUGUAUUUUAAUCAGGUACGACACACCAGUGAGCGUGGCGCCACCCCUGACGGGGGCGGUGCACUGCGUGCUCUUCUACCCGUGGACGAUACAGGACACGUGUGACAGCCUGGCAAGCACGCUCUCGCUCACAGUGGCCGAUUUGCUGGCUCUCAACCCCGGGAUCAGCUGCGAUAGAUACUCCUGGAAAUCUCCGCGCGUGAACCAGCAGCUGUGUGUGGUGAAGGGCAGCGGAGAGAAGGACGUACCAAAGCUGCCCAUGUGCACUAGAUGGUACACCGUGCGCGCAGGGGACACGUGUGGGAGCAUCAUGAGGGAUCACUCGCUCAACCAAACCGCCUUCUUCUCGUUCAACCCGGGGGUGGUCUGCAGCCGCCUCUUCCCGUCGUUUGAAGGCUCUCGCGUCGGGUGGAAUGGGGAAGGCGUGCAGCUCCUUGCUCAACCCGGGGGUGGUCUGCAGCCGCCUCUUCCCGUCCUUCGAAGGCUCUGGCGUCGGGUGGAAUGGGGAAGGCGUGCAGCUUCUCGUUCAACCCAGGGGUUGGGCUGCGACCGCCUCUUCCCGUCGUUCGGAGGCUCUGGCCUCGGCUGGCAUGGGGAAGGUGUGCAGGUGAGCGGUGGCGAAGAGGGUUCCUCUAGUGCAGUCGAACCUCGCUCAGUCCGCGAGCUUCCUUCCACGCUCUUCCCCUCCACCCUCUCCUCUCCCUCCUCCUCCUCCUCCUCCUCCUCCUCCUCCUCCUCCUCCUCCUCCUCCUCCUCCUCCUCCUCCUCCUCCUCCCCCCCAUCCUCCUCCUCUAAUUCGUCCCUCUCAACACGGGGAACAUUGCACGGCCUCCACCAAUCAUCAGUCUCCCUGCCUCGCCUCCCCACCCUCGUUCCUUCUCACUCUGCACGCUCAUCGAUGGGCCGCCUGCUGGCGGUGUCUGAGAAACAGUGCAUGAAGUCUUACUCGGUGAAGAGGGGGGACUUCUGUGCGCGCAUCAUAGCGCUCAAGUUCCAGAACAUCCCGAUCCUCUUCCCGCCUCCCGUUCUCCCAUUCCCGCCAUGCGACGUACUCUCCCCGCCUCCCGAUCUCCUCUCCCCGCCUCCCGAUCUCCUCUCCCCGCCUCCCGAUCUCCUCUCCCCGCCUCCCGAUCUCCUCUCCCCGCCUCCCGUUCUCCUCUCCCCGCCAUCCGUUCUCCUUUCCCCGCCUCCUGAUCUCCUCUCCCCGCCUCGUUCUCCUUUCCCCGCCUCCCGAUCUCCUCUCCCCGCCUCCCGAUCUCCUCUCCCCGCCUCCCGUUCUCCUCUCCCCGCCUCCCGUUCUCCUCUCCCCGCCUCCCGUUCUCCUCCCCCCGCCUCCUGUUCUCACCACCCUCCCUUCCCUCUCCCUUCUCACCCUUCCCGCCCUUCUCUCCCUGCCCUCCCUGCCCUCCCUUCCAUACCUUCUCUCCCUUCCCGCCCUUCUCUCCCUUCCCUACCGUCUCUCCCUUCCCUCCCUUCUCUCACCACCAACCCAUCCCUCGCCCUUCUCUCCCUUCCCGCCCUUCUCUCCCUUCCCGCCCUUCUCUCCCUUCCAUCCCUUCUCUCCCUUUCCGCCCUUCUCUCCCUAACCUCCCUUCUCUUCAUUCCCCCCCUACUCUCCCUGAGUCCCCUUUUCGAACCUUCCCUCCCUUCCCUCCCUUCUCUCUUUUCUCCCUUCCCGCUCUUCUCUCCCUUCCCCCCCUUCUCUCCCGUCUCUCCUUUCACUCCCUUUCAUCCCUUGCCUCCCUUGACUACCUUCCCUCCCUUCUCUACCUUCCCUCCCUUCUCUCCCUUAGAUAGAAGUCGCUCCGUUCCCUCCCUUUCUCACCCUUCUCUCCCUUGUCUCCCUUCCUCGCCCUUCACUCCCUUCCCUCCCUUCUCUCCCUGCCCUCCCUUCUCUCCCUGCCCUCCCUUCUCUCCCCCCCUUCUCUCCCUUCCCUCCCUUCUCUCCCUUCCCUCCCCUCUCUCCCUUCCCUCCCUUCCCUCCCUUCUCUCCCUUCCCUCCCUUCCCGCUCUUCUCACCACCUCUUUGAUAUGCCUUCCUGUCCCCCAUCCUUCCUUCCUUACGCACUCCUCCUGCCAUUCUCUCCUCUUGCAAUCCUCACUGCCAUCCCUCCUUUCCGCAUAUCCUGUAACCAAGCCCCCUUCGAUUCUCUUGUCGUCACCUCCCAAGCAACAGCGGCAUUGCCAUGGGAAAUUUCAACAUGCAUCUCCCACCUACCCCCACCUACUCCUAUCUCACCUCCCCUCCCCCUACCACCUACUCCUAUCUCACCUCCCCUCCCCCUACCACCUACUCCCAUCUCACCUCCCCUCUCCCCCCCUUACCACGGGAUUUCAGCCCACCACGCCUCCCCAUACCACCUACUCCCAUCAUUGCUCCCCUCCCCCUACCACAUACGACAUGCUCCCAUCUGACCUCCCCUUCCCCUACCCACCUACUCCCUUCUCCUCUCCCCUCCCCUUACCACCUCUCCUGGCCCUACCAGGCACUCCUUGCUCACCUCCCCUCCCCCUACCAGGGGCACUCUUCUCAUCUCCCCUCCCCUACCCCUUCUUUCCCCCUCCUCUACCAAGGGCGUUCUGCUCACACCCUGCCCCACACUCCUAUUCUCCCAUGUUUGGUCCCCCAGCAUUCCCUUGCUCGGUUUCUGUGCUUGUGUUGCAGUUGGGGAGCCUUCCCGACUGGACAUCCUACUAUCUGCCCCUCACAGGGCACAUAAGAGCCAGCAACCUGGGCAUGGAUAGGCAGCGAUGGCAAUGGGAAUGGCAGGGGAGCGUGGCAACGGCCACGAGUAAAGUUGCUUACAUCACCAGUUCUAUAGCAUGA